CUGAGUCCCUUGCAAUUUCCACUUCACGACUCUUUUCCCCAAUUCAAAACCCUACAAAUCAAAUUAAAUUAUUUUGAAGAAAAAAAAAUUAACCAAUCACCCUCUCUCUCUCUCUCUACGCGAACCCUAAUUCUUCGCCAAUCUCUAAUCUAAUGGCGAGGAGAUCGACCAACAUCAGCUGCGCGUUCUGCGAGAAUUCGAAUCUCGCUUCGAUCUGCGCGUCCUGCGUCAAUUACAAGUUAAACGAGUACAAUGCCUCGAUGAAGACUUUGCAGAGAACUCGGAAUUUCCUUAACCGGAAGCUGGAAGCAAAGCUUGAAGCCAAGAAAAAAAUGGAUGAUCAACUUAAUUGGAGAAUGUCACAAAAUGAGAAGAUUGCGAAGUUGAAAGAGAGGCUAUAUAGUUUGCAGAAGCAACUCUCACAAGAUAAAGCUAAGGCCGCAGCUGUAUCAAAUAAUUUGAAAGUCAGACACGAGGCUUUGGAGGCAGCUUUUGCCAUGAUAGCAAAAAAUCGUGCAGAUUUGAUAGAGAAGUUCUAUCGAAAUCUCAAUUGCACCCAGAACUUAGGGCAUAUGGCAAUCACCUCUGAGCUUCUUCAUAAACAGUCAGUGAUUAUAAAACAGAUAUGUAAAUUGUUCCCAAUGCGCCGGGUGAAUUCAAAUGGGGAGAAAAAGGAUGCUUCAGGUGCUUCAUAUGAUCAAAUAUGCAAUGCACGUUUGCCUAGAGGACUUGAUCCACAUUCAGUUCCCUCUGAAGAGCUUGCAGCCUCUCUAGGAUAUAUGGUCCAACUGUUAAACCUUGUCAUUCCAAGCUUGGCUGCUCCUGCAUUGCAUAAUUCAGGUUUUGCGGGCUCUUGUUCCCGUAUAUGGCAGCGGGAUUCCUAUUGGGAUGCACGUCCAUCUUCACAAAGUAAAGAAUAUCCGCUUUUUAUACCACGUCAGAAUUUCUGCUCUGCUGGUGGGGAUACUUCUUGGUCUGAUAGAAGCUCCAGUACUUUUGGUGUUGCUUCGGUGGAGUCUGAAAGAAAACCUUCUCUCGAUGCUGGAAGCAGUAGUUUUAAUUAUUCAUCUGCUUCUCCCCAUUCUCUUGAGACCCACAAGGACCUACAGAAAGGGAUAUCGCUACUCAAGAAAAGUGUAGCAUGCAUAACAGCAUAUUGUUAUAAUUCUUUAGGCUUGGAUGUACCUCCGGAAGCUUCCACUUUUGAAGCAUUUGCAAGACUGUUGGCUACUCUUUCUUCUUCAAGAGAAAUGCGGUCUGUGCUUUCUUUGAAGAUGGCGAGCCCAAGAAAUGACAGCCAAGCAUACAGGCUGAACAAAUCAUUUUGGAGUGUAAAUUCGGCAUCAUCAUCUAGUAGCCUAGAAGAGAGCAGUCAUACAAAUAUCAUGCCGAAUGCUCAGAAUGCCAUCUUGAACUCAGAGGCUAGCUUUCUUUCCUCUGCUGAGAUGAUGAUUGAUCAGAGAAAAUCAGAGAACCUUGUAGAUGGAUGGGAUUUGGUGGAGCACCCAACUCUUCCGCCGCCACCAUCGCAGAUAGAAAAUGUUGAACACUGGACAAGGGCAAUGUUUGUUGAUGCUACAAGAAAGUAGUUUUCUUCUCUAGCUACAGUUUCUCCAAUGAGGACUGCUUUGUUAUUUAUUUCCCUUUGUUUAAUGUAAAUAGCAAGUGUGUUUUUCCCACCGGUUCAUUUUAUACAGGAUGUAUUCAUAGAGAGGGUGAAAAGAAAGCUAUAUUGGCCUGUACAGCUACAUGUAGUGGUUAUAAUAUAGUAUAAAAGUAAAGUUUUAUUUUCUC